AUGUCUUUGACAGCAUCAGCGGCGGCGACGGUAUUUACGGCCUUUGCUGUUAAGCCCAAUGACAGAGAGAGACGGUGGGAAGAUCAGUUGAAAGAGCAGCGCGAUCUGUACACGCAAUUCGUCAUUAGCUCUGCGCUGGGCUUGAGUGCCUUCUUGACGUUCUGUAUCUUGCGACCAAAAUGGACCGAAUUGUAUGCUGCGCGACGACGACAACGAAAUGCUGCUUCGCGUCUACCGGAGCUUCCGGAUACCCUUUUCGGUUGGAUUCCUGUUCUUCAUCGAAUUACUGAUGAAGAAGUCUUGCAAUCCGCAGGCUUGGAUGCUUAUGUAUUCUUGUCUUUUUUCAAGUUUGCGAUUCGAUUCUUACUCGCCGUCUUUAUUUUCGCUGUCGCAAUCAUCCUCCCCAUACAUUAUAAAUAUACCGGCCAAUACGGACUUCCUGGAUGGGACAACGUGCCUGGCAACGACACGAUGAUUGCAGAAAAAGAAAAAGAAAAGCCAAUUACUGACCCUGGAUACAUCUGGAUUUAUGUUUUGUUUGCAUACGUCUUCAGUGGAUUGGCUAUUUAUAUGCUUCUUCAGGAGACGAAUAUCAUCAUCCGCGUUCGCCAAACAUAUCUUGGCAAUCAGACCAGUACGACAGAUCGCACGAUUCGCUUAUCAGGGAUCCCGCACGACCUGAGCACGGAGGAACAGAUCAAAGAGUUCGUGGAAGGGUUACGCGUUGGCAAGGUGGAGAGUAUCACCGUGUGCCGGAAGUGGCGCGAACUGGAUGAAUUGCUCGACGAGAGAAUGAAAGUCAUCCGAGAACUUGAGAGGGCAUGGACAAAACAUAUUGGAUAUAAGCGACCAAAGAGCGAUGGGAAUACAUUGCCGCUCACCAAUCAACCCCCUCACGAUUCAGAUGACGAACGGUCUGGACUCUUAUCUGGAAGCGAGCGCGGUCAUAUCUCCGGCUAUUCCAACGAGAGACCCAAAGUCCGCAUCUGGUACGGUCCAUUCAAGCUUCGGUUCCGCAUGAUCGACGCAAUCGAUUACUUCGAGGAGAAGCUCCGGAAAACCGACGAACGCAUUCAAAGCGCUCGAGAGAAAGAAUACCCUAGCACUGAGAUCGCAUUUGUGACUAUGGAAUCGAUUGCCGCGUCUCAAAUGCUUGUCCAGGCGAUCCUUGACCCCCAUCCUAUGCAGAUGUUUGCUCGACUUGCUCCCGCGCCGGCGGAUGUUAUUUGGAAGAAUACCUACUUGCCUCGCGCGCGCCGAAUGGCCCAGUCGUGGUCCAUCACUAUUGUCAUUGGGUUCCUCACCGUUUUCUGGUCCGUGCUUUUGCUGCCUAUUGCAUCAUUGCUCGAAUUAGAGACACUGCGCAAGAUUGUGCCCCAGCUCGCGGAGUUCCUCUCGGAGCAUCCUAUUCUGAAGUCUUUGGUUCAAACUGGUUUGCCCACACUUGCGUUCUCGCUUUUGACGGUUGCUGUUCCUUAUGUCUACGAGUGGCUCUCCAACAACCAGGGAAUGGUUUCGCGCGGCGAUGUUGAACUAUCCGUCAUCUCCAAGAACUUUUUCUUCUCGUUCUUCAACUUGUUCCUAUUGUUCACUGUGUUCGGAACAGCAAGUGGCUUCUAUAAUUUUUGGGAAAACCUCAGAGAUGCAUUCAAAGAUUCCACCACGAUUGCCUUCGCUUUGGCGAAAUCUUUGGAAGGUCUCGCCCCCUUUUACAUCAAUCUCUUGAUCCUUCAGGGACUAGGUCUCUUCCCAUUCCGACUACUCGAAUUCGGAAGUGUAGCACUAUAUCCCUUCCAAUUCCUAUCCGCUCGCACGCCACGGGAAUACGCUGAACUAGCAACGCCCCCCAAGUUUAGCUACGGAUUCUCUAUCCCGCAAACCAUCCUGGUCCUAGUCAUCUGCGUGGUAUACAGUGUAUUCCCAAGCUCAUGGCUGAUCUGCCUCUUUGGCCUCAUCUACUUCACAGUCGGCAAAUUCAUCUACAAGUACCAACUCCUGUACGCCAUGGACCACCAACAACAUUCCACUGGUCGCGCAUGGCCGAUGAUCUGCAAUCGCGUAUUCGUUGGUCUAGUAGUGCAUCAACUCGCAAUGAUCGGUGUCCUAGCCCUCCGCCAGGCAAUCACCCGGUCACUCCUGCUCGUCCCCCUCCUAGGCUUUACCGUCUGGUUCUCCUACUGGUUUGGUCGCACAUAUGAGCCACUGAUGAAAUUCAUCGCUCUAAAAAGCAUCAAUCGAGACCAGCCGGGCGGCGGCGAGAUCUCACCGUCCCCCUCUUCAACCCUCUCACCGCCGUCGGGCCUCGAUCGCGAUAGUCUUCCGAUCCGCAUCGGCGGGCAUGAUCUCGAGCUCCGGCUAAAGAAGUACGUUAAUCCGAGCUUGAUUGUCCCGCUACAUGCUGCCUGGCUACCUGGUCGGGCCACUCAAGGCAAUGGUGCCUCGGCGUUCGAGGCUCGUCAGACCCCGAACGUUUGA